AACAGCUUCACCAACACUCAGCCACGAUCACCGCCGUGUCCUGCCGCCAAUUUCAUACGAGCGCAUACAUAUAAUUCAAACGUCCGCCUGAAACUGCACAUACUACCACAUAGGCCCUCUGAAGGCAUACCUCGCCCCGUCGACACCAUGGCUACUCUCGGCGGAUACCUCAACAAGAAGGUCCUGAUCGUCACAGCAGACUCGAGAAUCCUCGUCGGAACCCUAGCAGCCUGCGACAACACAACAAACUUGGUCUUGAACAAUGCGAUAGAGCGCAUUAUCCGAACUCCCGACGACCCGGAACCCUCAGCCCAAGUGCCCCUGGGCCUAUACCUCGUGCGUGGCGACAAUGUCUGCUCCAUCGGCCUCGUGGACGAGGCGCUCGACGAUAGCAUCAACUGGACAGAAGUCAAGGGCUCAGCGAUCGGAGGCAUAAAACACAUUUAG